AUGCUAAAAGUAAAUACUACAUUUUGUGGGGAACUUAUAAAAAAAGCUGAAGAGGUGGAAAUUUUAGAACGAAAAUAUUUUCAAACUAAAAAUAAAGUUAUUGAUGUGACUACCGAUUUAAAAUAUUGGUUUAAAGUUUACGUUAAAAAUGUUGUUUUGAAUGAUUUAUCUGAAUUUGAGGCAUCUCAAAGUAGUUGGGCACUGAAUAAAAUUAUUUCUUUAGAAAUAAAUAUUAAUAAGUUUGAAGUGGCUAAAGGAGCCUCAUCGUAUAUUCAAUUGCAUCCUAAAGUUGCCCGAAAACGGUCUUGUAUCAGUGUUAUGAAUAACGAUCAGGCUUGUUUUGCAUGGGCCAUUGUAUCAGCACUAUAUUCAGUUAACAUAAACACUAACAAAACUACUUCAUACCCCCAUUACACCAAUGUCCUUAAUUUAAAAAGUCUUACAUUUCCAGUAACUCUAAAUCAACUUCCUCUCUUUGAAAAAAGUAAUGAAAAUAUUUCCGUUAAUGUUUUCGAGUUAAAUGUUAAAGACGAGCAUUUCAAUUUUUCUGUGCUUCCCGUGAGAUUAACUAAACAAAAACGAGAAAGACAUGUCAAUCUGUUAAUAGUUCAAAAUAAAUAUUAUUUUAAUAAUAAAGCGGACAGCGUCGAACCAUGGAGUGACGGACAUGAUGACGAUAUAAUACACUUUUACUAUAUUUGGAUAAAAGAUUUAGGUAACUGUCUCACAGAACCUCAUCCGAUCUGGCAAGCAACAUGUGCUUGCCAGAUUCAAACCACCAAAAUACCAGAAUCAAACACAGAUUCCCAGCUCGCGUAUUUCAAUGUACAACAACGUGCUUGUGAAAAUGUACAGCAAGGGUCUAACAAUAACUAUAGAAAGUAUUCACCAACAGAAGUACGACCACCUGAUUCCACUAUUAAAAAGUUGACAAGGCUAAUAUAUAAGGCCUACCAAGCUGUUUCACAACCAUACAACAUGAUCUGCUUUAAGUGUGAUUCAUUUUUCUGCUAUUGCCCCGAGACUAUCAAGUUAGACAGCGAUAUUGAAGAGAAGGAUGAGGAGGAACAUGAGGCAGAGGAGGAGGAGCGGGAUCCUAAAGACGAGAUCCUAACCCCUUCAACGAUCCCACCACCAAAAAAACAAAAAAAAAACAAAAUAAAAAUUUUAAAAAAUUUCAUGUUUGUUAUUAUUUUACACUUUUACAAUAAAAAAAUACAGAUAAUAGAACCAUUAAAUCAUUAG